GUCGCCAGCCAGUGCCGUGUGGCGUUUAGUCUAGCAUGAGACAGCCAAGGGUGAGCACCCCAGUUUUCACACAAUAAAGAGCUGAAGAGCACAAGUACUUUGAGGGAUACCACCUGUCCAAGGGAGAGAAAGCUACCAGGAUGUUCAAGACAAGCUACCUGCGCAAGGAGGUGCGCAAGGAAAAGUACGAGCACUCGGACGUCUACCGCGAAGAACCCGAGGACUCGGCGGGCAUCUCCGCCAUCCAGGGCUGGGAGAACCUCCAGGAGCUCAACAGCCGCUUCGCCCGCUACAUCAACCGGGCUCGGGUCCUGGAGCAGCGCAACGCCGUGUUCCGCAAGCAGCUGGAGACUCUGCAGCGCAUGGAGGAGGCCAGCGGCCUGGAGGAGACGUUCAAGGAGCAGAUCGACGUCAACAAGCUGAGGAUCCGAGAGCUCACCUCUGACCGCGCCAAGCUGGAGAGAGAGCUGAGGGACGCCAGCCGCAUGCUGGAUGAGUUCACCAGCAAAUACCGAAGUGAAUGUGAUUAUCAAGAGCAACUACGGAGCACAUUGGAACAGCUAAACAAGGAGGCAGACAGUGCCCUGCUGAAAAAUUUGGAGUAUCAGAUCCAGUCCCAGUUCCUGCAAGAUGACAUCAACUCUACCAGAGAGAGACACAGAAAGAACCUUGCAGAGAUCCAGACCUUUGUACACAUUUUGCAGCAAAUCAACCAGACGCUUCCGCUUGCUCCUACCGUGUCAGUGGGCAUCUCCGAGGAGCAGGAGAAGCUGCUGGUGCAAAGUAGGUUGCCGGCUCUGCAGAGUCAGCUGGAGGAGUACAAGAGCGCCCUCUGCCAGCUGCAGGCCCAAAAACAACGACUUCAAGCAGAGGCGGCAAUGUUGGAGCAAGCCAUCAGAGGCACCCAGGAGAGUUUCGACGACGAGAUUCAGCUGUACAACGAGCAAAUCGAAUCGCUGCGCAAGGAGAUCGAGGAAGCCGAGAGGGCCCUGGAGAGGUUCACCAGCGAGUGCCGCCACUUGGCCAUGUACCAGACGUCUCUGGAGAACGAGCUGGAUAGAUACAAGAGGAUCAUCGAAAAUGAAGACAACAGGUUGAAUUCAGCAAUAAUCGGCACACCAGUCACCCUGUUUACUACCAGUUACCACUACACCCACGCGCCCCCUGCCUCAAACAGGGGCAAAGAUAUCACUCUUGCCAUCCAAGAUAUAACCAACAUAAAACCUCGCCAGAAGAUCACGGCCAAGAAAGUCCAGAAGAAGAAGGAGCUCACGCCCAAAGAUGUCAUUGACAACAGUCAUGAGGAUCGAAAAGCCGGCGCCGCCGGCGGAGUGGCUCCAGACGACGAAGCGAAGAGGACGUCAUCGGUAGGAAUUCAGGAUGAUAACGUGAGGAGGACUGAGGAGAGGCCCGUGUUGUCCGGAGUGUCUCCGCAGGACGUCCCUGACGGAGCUCAGAUAAGCAAGGCAUUUGACACACUCUGUAACAUCGUCAGAGAUCGGAUGAGGAAGUACAAGAAACCGGAGCCCAUCGCUGACUUCUUCACAAAGGGUCGUUACGUCCUCGUCACUGGCGAAGGAAGCUACCCAGAUCCUUGCUUCUGCACUACCACACCAUCCGGAGGACAUGUCGUAGUCACGCUCAAAGAUCAGCCUCUUGGAGACAACGUACCAUCCCCUCAACCACCUCAGCCCAUACCAGGCCCCAAACCUGCAAUUCCCACCCCUCCGGCUAAUGUCGCAGGAGGAAAGGAUGAUAACAAGGGAGGAAACGGGAAAGAAGAUGGAAGUAAAGACAAAGUUAAGAAAGAAGAGCCUGAGCCUAAACCCAAAGAUCCAGGCCCAGUCCAGCCUUUCUCCGGACCCACAGAUCCAACUCCACCAGUGGAUCCUGCCUCUUCAAAGAACAAAGAUGACAAUGGACCAAGGAAGACUCCCAAAUCUCUGCCCCGCGCCGCCAGCACCAGUUCCAGUUCUAGCAACAACAGCAGCAGCAGCAGCAGCAGUAGCAGCAGCAGCAGCAGCAGCAGCACUGGCAGUAGCGGCAGCACCAGCAGCAGCAGUAGCGGCAGCACCAGCUCAAGCUCCAGUAGUUUCACUCCAGACGCCAUGAGCUACGAGAAGGUGGUGGUGGAGUCUGUGGAGAAGUUCUCCAACGGGCGCAAGCUUAAAGGUUACGAGGAGACUUCCAUGGUGGUGGAAACCACCAUUGAGAAAUCCAGUAAGAAGAAACAUUAGAACCAACCUCAGCAACCAACCAAACAAUCCUGCUCUCAUAUUCCAGACUCCUCCUACUUCCAGUCUUGGGUUGUGUAUCGAAUGUUGCGACCAGACAGCCAUGCUCAUGCUUUAGUCCUUUACUGUCUGAAAACUUGGGAUACAAAAACGAAAAGAAAGCAAAAAUAAAUCUCUGUGCCACCUUAAAAAGAAUUAGAAUAAAUGAGAAGAAACAGUCAACGAGGAAGUUGUGCUACCCUUCUGUCUUCCAAUACCAAUUUCCCCCUCUUCGGCUCAUUUGUACAAUUGGAUGCCAGCGCCUGCCCUCAGCACCAUUUUGCUGUGUAACAAUUUGCUUUGAUAUCUUCAAUAAAGACGACUCAAACAUCA